CUACCCUUUAUUUCUCUCUCUCUCUCUCUUAUCUUGUUAUCCCUCUCUCCCUGUAAUUUCCAUGGGUGAUGAUGAUCGGGAAACUUACUAUGCGAAGCGAUUCAAAGACGCAGAAACGAUCGUCUUCUGGGAUGUGAAUGAUUGCGGAAUCCCCUAUGGUUAUAAAGCUGUUGAGGUUUCGAAUAACAUUAGAUUGGCCCUCAAGAAAAUGAAUUAUCUUGGUGCAGUGACCAUCUAUGCUUAUGGUGAUAGGAAGCAGAUCGUGGAUAACCUUGAACCAACCGCAAUCGAGAAAACUCCUUGUGAUAGAACUGAGAGACUUGAGUUGAUUUUAUUGGACAUGUUUGUCCAAGCAAUUGAAAAUCGUUCAACUGCAAAUUUCAUGCUAAUCGCGGGAGACAUCUCCCAAAACUUUGAGGUUGCAUUUGGUAUGAAUCGUUUGCAUAUGGCGGGUAACAAUAUUCUCUUGGCACAGCCUGAAGACGAACCAUCCCUGGAAACACUUCCUGGAGAUACUAAUAGUGUUUGGGAAAGCCUAUCAAUAGGCGAAUCCCGUAGAAUCAAAAGGAUAUACAAACCUUCCAAUCCUCGUGACUAUACUUGCCUAGGUGGUAGCAGAUACUACGGGUUCCUUCUUGUUGGUGCAUUGGUUGUGUUUACAUUUACUUUUGCGAGCCGAAGACGCAUUUAGUGGCUUCUCUUUCCAGUAAACGAUUAAUGUUUUUGGAUGUUUGGCACUUUGAAAUCAGUUCUGACUCUUAUUACCUUUUUAAUUGGCUUUCUUCAUGUCUACU